AUGGAGCGCUCUAACGUGAAAGUCCCAUCCCCUGAAAAGAAUGAAGGUGCCGCCGAGGCUUUAAAAAAGAAAAUGCUAAGCGUAAUGAACGCAAACAUAGAGAGCGUUAAGGAGGAGCUAGCGACUUAUAAGGAAAACAAUCAAAUAGACAAUAAAAAAAAAAACAUCGAAAUUUUGCAGCUGAUAAACGAAGAAAACGAGGCAUUGAACAAAAAGAUGGAGGAGUCGCUGAACUCGCUAAGCAACGACAUGCGCGAAGCCAAAGAGCAGAUCAUUAACUUUAAGGAGCACAUGGAAAACCAAGUGAAGGACAUAAAAAACGAGACAGAUACGAAUAAAAGAGAAAUGGACGAGAAGGCUAACGAAUUAACUAUCAAUCAGAAGAAACUGCUGAACGAUUUUUAUCCUUCCGAAAUGAGCUAG